UAAUCAUUUCUCUGUUAAAAUGGAUGUAGUUAUGCAAGAAGGUAUCAAAAUCCCAAAUGCUAUUAUAAUUAGUGGGGAAACUGAGACAGCAGAUGAUGAAGAAUUUCUGAAAAUCUUGCAAAAACACGGUUCUAUUGUUAGAUCGGUUAAAAUUCAAGACCCUGAAUCUGAGUUUAAUCAGGAUGUGAUUAUUGAAUUUGACAGUGGCAGUGCUUUACAGUCUUUAGAGCCCCUGUUGCCGUAUACUUACCAGCUGACUAGUGAUCCAAAUAUCACUUACUUAGUGAGAUCCUUAUCCAGUGUGUACACUCAACAGUUAGGGGGUAGUGCUACCAAAUCAUACCUAAAGGGAUUGAAAGAAAUCGCAAAACUUAGUGGGGCAAAUUUUGAAGCAAUGUUGAGUGAAAUGCUAACAGAAAUGAGUGCUGUAGUUCUUCCUGCAAGCUCUGUAUCUGAAGCUCCUGACAAACCCCCUAUUACACCAUCUGGUCAAGAGCCAAUUAGUGGCAAAACAUCUCCAGUUAUGGCUCAGCCUAGCAACGAAGGAAACCAGGAAAUGCAUCAAACUGCUGCUCAUGUCGCUGAUUCUUCAGUUCUUACUUCACCCACAAUACUUAACCCACCAGAAGUACAGAGGUUGGUUGUUGAACAUGUGGUGAGGAGUGGAGAAGGUGUUGCCCAGGCACACAUACCCAUGCGACUCAGACUGUUUUCUGGUAGGAAACCUCGCCCUGCUAAUGAGACAGAUUAUGACACAUGGCGUUCUAGUGUCGAUCUCGUUUUGAAGGAUCCUGCAAUAUCUGAUCUUCAUGGUUCAAGAAAGAUUCUAGAUAGCCUUUUGCCCCCAGCUGCUGAUGUCAUUAAACAACUGAGCGCUGACGCUGCUCCAUCAGCUUACCUGCAGUUGCUAGAUUCUGCCUUUGGUACAGUCGAAGAUGGUGAUGAACUUUUCGCUAAAUUCAUGAAUACCUUGCAGGAUGCAGGAGAAAAACCUUCGGCCUACCUGUAUAGGCUUCAGGCAGCCUUGAACAUAGCCAUCAAGCGUGGUGGUGUGUUGGCCAGUGAAGCAGACCGACACCUUUUGAAACAAUUUUGUCGGGGCUGCUGGGAUGAUGGUUUAAUAGCUGACCUGCGAUUGGCACAAAAACGAGAUGAUCCUCCUACUUUUGCGCAGCUAUUAUUGAUGUUACGAACCGAGGAAGAUAAACAUACUGCAAAAACCAUUCGUAUGAAGCAACAUCUAGGUAGUUCCAAGCAGCGUGCACUGAUGAACACCCAAAGGAUCUGGGUAUGCGAUGAACCUAAGCAAAGUACAGAUUGCAAUGUGUUGUCAUUAGCAACAGAAGCUAAAGAGCUUAAAAAACAGAUAGCCACUCUACAGAGCCAAUUAGCUAAACUCGCUACUAAAUCUGAGGCCCCAAAGAAACUGGCAUCACAAACCGUAGAUCGGAAAGCUUCUUUCAAAGACAAAAAAUCAACCAAGCCAAGUGUUGAAUCUACAAUGCCUAUGCAUUAUAAACAAACUGACAAACCCAGGCCAUGGUACUGUUUUCAAUGUGGGGAAGAUGGCCACAUUGCCUCCUCCUGUGAUUCAGAGCCCAACCCAGCACUUGUGGCUGAAAAGCGUAAACUUCUGAGGGAGAAACAGUCCCAGUGGGAAUCUCAAAACAAUAUGGCAAAGGCUGCUUUAAACCAGAGCCAGUUCCUGUUGCGGGACAGCCAGGGACUGAAACAUUAAAGUGUCCCCCUAAAACUAAAGCUUCUAUGCAAAGCCAUAGUUCGAAAAUAAAAGAUGGCAAAUUACCCAGAGGGUUGGUUGGUGAAAGAUGCAUCGCACAAGUCACUAUUUUAGGGCAGAAAUGUAACUGUUUGAUCGACACAGGCUCCCAAGUUACAACUAUUCCCUUAUCCUUUUAUGACCAACACCUUUCAGAAACCCCCAUCAAUUCCGUUUCUGAUUUGUUGGAAGUUGAAGGUGCGAAUGGCCUUUCUGUGCCCUACAUUGGGUACAUAGAACUGAAUAUAACUUUUCCUGCAGAGUUUAUUGGGACAAGUGUUGAAUUACCUACUGUCGCUUUGGUGGUUCCAGAGCCAGAGUCUUGCACCAUGCCUUUAAUUAUUAUAGGGACAAAUACUUUGGACACCCUUUAUGAUGAACACUUGAAAACGAGUUCUAUGACCUUCCAGCCUUCCUUGUUUGGCUACAGAACUGUCCUGAAUACCAUCAGAUUGCGGCACAAACAUAAUGCUGGUGCUCUUGGUCAAAUAAGGUUGAGAAGUAAGGUACCAGAAGUCAUGGCGGCUGGCCAAACUGUCGUUUUAGAGGGCAUUGCCCAUAUGCAUGGCUUUCCAACUGAUAAAUGGAUUGUUGUGGAACACCCCUCCAUAUCUUUCUUACCCGGUGGAAUUGUGGUGAAAAAUUGCUUACUUACUCUCCCUUCUAGACGAUAUAGCCAUCUUCCUGUGGUUCUCACAAAUGAGACUGAUCACAAUAUCACUAUCCCACAGAGGUGUGUCAUUGCAGAGAUCCAUGCUUUGGAGUCAGUGCUUUCUUCUGACAACGCUAUACCUAAACAGGAAUUCCAAAGUGAUGAGCCCAAAGUAAUCAAAGAAGAAGAGUUCAUUUUAAAUUUUGGUGAUUCUCCAUUAUCACAGGAAUGGAAGGAUCGAAUCACAAAGAAACUUCGUGAGAUGCCAGAAGUCUUUGCUCAACAUGAUCUGGAUUUUGGACAUACACAAAAAAUGAAACAUUGCAUCAAAUUACAUGAUGAAUCCCCGUUCAAACACCGCGCUAGACCAAUUCAUCCACGUGAUAUUGGGGCUGUAAGAAAACACCUUCAGGAACUUCUUUUAAGUGGAGUCAUACGCGAGUCAGAAUCCCCUUUUUCUUCGCCAAUUGUUGUAGUCAGAAAGAAAAAUGGAGAUGUACGACUCUGCAUCGAUUAUCGGAAGUUAAAUCUUCAAACAAUCAAGGACGCAUAUGCUUUGCCGAACCUUGAUGAGACAUUUUCAGCUUUAAAUGGAUCCAAGUGGUUCACUGUACUAGACUUAAAAUCUGGCUACUAUCAGAUUGAAGUUGCAGAGGAAGACAAACCGAAAACGGCCUUUGUGUGUCCCCUGGGGUUUUGGGAAUUUAAUCGUAUGCCCCAGGGGGUAACCAAUGCCCCAAGCACUUUCCAAAGGCUAAUGGAAAAGUGUAUGGGUGACAUUAACCUGAAAGAAGUGCUAGUGUUUUUGGAUGAUUUGAUUGUCUUUUCUGCAUCCCUUGAGGAACACGAGAGACGUUUGCUACAAGUUCUUGCUCGUCUGAAGGAGUAUGGGCUAAAACUUUCACCAGAAAAGUGCCGUUUUUUCCAGACCUCUGUUAGAUACUUGGGUCAUGUAGUAUCCGAGUAAGGCGUGGCAACAGACCCUGAAAAGAUUGAGGCUAUAAAGACCUGGCCUUGUCCAAGGAACCUUAAGGAGUUAAGGUCAUUUUUAGGCUUUUCAGGCUACUACCGUAGGUUUAUUAAAGACUACUCACAAAUAGCAAAGCCCUUAAAUGAACUGACUUCUGGUUAUCCACCCUCGAGGAAGAGUUGUAAGAAAGCUGAAAAGGAAUAUCAAUACCAUGAUCCAAAAGAGCCUUUUGGCGGACGUUGGACAGCUACUUGCCAGAGAGCAUUUGAAAUCCUAAUUGAAAAGCUUUCUACUGCUCCCGUCUUAGGAUUUGCGGACCCCAAACUUCCUUAUGUUGUUCACACCGAUGCUAGCACCACAGGAUUGGGAGCUGCAUUAUAUCAAGAGCAAAAUGGGAAGCAACGUGUUAUUGCAUUUGCUAGUAGAGGCUUGUCGUAUAGCGAGGCCCGAUACCCGGCCCAUAAACUCGAGUUCCUUGCCCUUAAAUGGGCUGUAACUGAGAAAUUUCAUGAUUAUCUUUAUGGCGGCACAUUUACUGUCAUAACAGAUAGCAAUCCAUUGACAUACCUUCUGACGACAGCUAAAUUGGAUGCUACCAGCUACCGGUGGCUUGCUGCACUUUCAACAUUCUCAUUUCGGCUGCAGUACCGGGCUGGUAAACAAAAUGUUGAUGCAGACAGUUUGUCUAGGCGACCACAUGAAUCAUUGCCAGAAGACCAGUUAUCGGUAAAGGAGUUUGAAAGGAUCAAUAAGUUCGUGGAGUAUCAUACCAUCGAUACUGAGAAUCCACAGAAUACGGAUAGAGAUAUAAUCCGAGCUAUUUGUGAGAAGCAUUCUGUCCAACAAAGUGAUGAUUCUGGUGUCACUCUAGUUGAGUCUUUGGCAAUCCAUCCUGAUGCUGUGCCGGAAUGUUUCGAACAAGAGGAUAGUCUAAACGGAUUAGCUGCUUUACCUCUCCUUAUGAAGGAAGACUUGGCUGAACGGCAGAGAUGUGAUCCUGUCAUCCGUGAAGUAGUGAUGUGCAUGGAAUCUGGUGAAAAACCUCUGCCUGCAUUACGACUAGAAUAUCCAGAUCUUCCAUUUUACUUACGAGAAUGAGACCGUCUUGAGUUGAUAGAUGGAGUUCUGUACAGACGACGACGAGAAGGAGACUCAGUCAAUUUCCAACUGGUUUUGCCAGAGGAUCUUAGAAGUUUUGCUUUGAACAGUCUACAUGAUCAAAUGGGUCAUAUGGGAACAGAAAGGACGCUAGAUUUGGUCCGUUCUAGGUUCUAUUGGCCAAGGAUGGGAACUGAAGUGGAGCACAAAAUUAAGACUUGUAGUCGUUGCGUACGUAGGAAAUCCUUGCCGCAGAAAAGUGCACCCUUAGUAAACAUUCAAGCCACAAGACCCUUACAACUUGUUUGCAUGGAUUUUCUUUCUCUUGAACCAGAUAAGAGCAAUACUCGUGAUAUCUUGGUUAUUACCGAUUUCUUUACGAAGUAUGCAGUGGCCAUACCAACGCCGAAUCAGAAAGCAAGAACUGUUGCAAAGUGCCUAUGGGAUCAGUUCAUUGUGCAUUAUGGUUUCCCUGAGCGGUUACAUAGUGACCAAGGACCAGAUUUCGAAUCUCAUACCAUCAAGGAACUUUGUGCAAUUGCCGGAAUCCAAAAGAUUAGAACAACACCAUAUCAUCCUCGAGGAAAUCCUGUGGAACGGUUUAACCGGACUUUGUUAAAUAUGCUCGGAACGUUGGAAGAAAAGGACAAAAGUCAUUGGAAGGAUUUUGUCAAACCCUUGGUACAUGCAUAUAAUUGUACUAAACACGAGUCUACAGGAUUUUCUCCAUAUGAGUUGAUGUUUGGCCGUCAACCACGGUUGCCGCUUGAUCUUGCUUUUGGAUUGCCAUGUAAAGACUGUAAACAAGUGUCUCAUUCACAAUAUGUUCAAAGUCUUAAAUCUCAUCUAAAGGAAAGUUAUGAGGUUGCUUCACAAAAUGCACGGAGGAUUGCUGAAAAGAACAAAAUCCGGUAUGAUAAACAUGUAACUAAUUCUUCUUUGGAAGUCGGAGAUCGUGUUCUAGUAAGGAAUGUACGCAUCCGUGGAAAGCAUAAGCUAGCUGACCGAUGGGAAUCUGAAAUCUAUGUUGUUGUGAAACAAGCUGCUAACUUACCAGUUUACACUGUCCGGCCAGAAACAAAAGAUGGUCCGCUUCGUACUCUUCAUAGAGAUCUUUUGCUUCCCUGUGGAUUCUUACCUGCUUCCAGGAUCCCAGAUCCAGUUGUGAGUAAACCUAAUGUAAGACAUAAUACUCAGAAGAAUCCUGAUUCACAGAUCCUUGACAGUUCAGUUUCUGUUCCUGAGAUGGAUAAUGACAUUCCUGAAAUGAUGUGUGGAGCUUAUCCAAUUGAUGAGACAAGAUUUACUACGGUUCACCAAGUGCUUAGGCCAAAUGUCUCUGAUGAGGUCCCUCAUAACCCUGGGGUUAUUCAUUCACGCUCAGCGGACAAAGUAGCUCAGAGUGAUCAAAGUAGUGACUUACCUGCGGAUGUUCCAGAGCAAGCUCCACCUACUGAAAAUAUAAGAGAACACUUACCUGUUGGUGUUCCAACAGACUCCUUACCUGAUGUCUCGGAGAUCACUGAGUCAAGUCCAAUUCCUAAUGCAAAGUCAGUUAAUGAUCAAGAAAAUUCUCAAGAGGAAUGUAGUGGACAGACCCAGACCUCUGACGAGGAGGGGAAUGAUCUUUUAGAAGACCUUCCCAGACGAUCAACUAGACAAAGAAAGGGUCCUAAAAUGCUUACCUAUCCACAGCUUGGAAACCCUUUAAUGCACGUAGUGCAUUCCUUUUUCCAAGGCUUAAACACUGUUUUGCUUAAUGCAUUGGAUAAUAGUGAAAGUCUGAAUGAUUUACCUGGGAAAUCCUCCAUACAGGAUGUAUAAUAUGUUAAGUUAUUCUAAACUGUCACGAGACGUGUACAGUUAAGUGGGGGAGGAUGUAACCCAGAUUACUGAAGAGUUAUAUUUGUACAUUUAUAAAAUAAUAUAAAUGAUCAGGGGAUAAAACAACAUAUAAUUGUGGAUUCAUUGUUCUAAAAUGUUCUUAAUAAGAAAUAAAUUGUUUAAAAAUAAUAAUGUGAAAUAUUCACAUGUUAUUGGUUUAGCCAAUCAGUGAUGUGUGGGAGGGAUUUGCGCUUGCUGACGCAGUGGGAAGAGAUCGCCAGACUGUGGAGGAGGAGAGAGUGAGAUCGCUAGAUUUGAUGAUUUAAACUGUGAAAUUAGAUUAUAACUUUGAAACUAGUUUGAGAAACUUACAAAAAGCUUUCAUAGAGAAGUAUUUGAAGAGGAUUCAGUCGUUAAAUUGUUCCUGUGAUGAUCGAUGGGAAAAUUGCAUCAUUGUGUUGUUGAGGAGUGAAUAUAUGGACAUGGUCAGGUUUUUUUCUUUGGUGUUUUUGAUUGAAGACUGAUUUACAUUGAUGGCGGGCCAACCUAUACGGACACUAGAAAAGGAAAUUGGAAAUUCACCCUACUGAACCAGGAGAGUACUUUAAUACUUUUUAUUUUUCCAGCUCAAGGUAAAAGACUGUUUUUUUUCCCGUUUCUGGAUAGAGACUGUUCGUAUUUUUCCCUGAGAACUGAUUAAGAAAAAAGACUAAUACCAGCGCAAGGACACUUGGAAAUCAAACUAUUUUCCUUUUGAAGUGAAAUGAGAAAUACUGAGUUUGUUGAUUCUGAACAAGUGGUUUUCUUUACAUUUUCAAUGUAAUUUCAAUUGAACUUUAUUUUGUUUUAUUGUGUUUUAAUUGUUUUAUUGUAUUUUGUUAAUUUUAUUUUGGGGAAAGAUCUGCAGAAAAAUAUAUCUAUAAACAUUUCAAAUACUUACCUA